AUCGUUGUGAAUAAAAAUUUCUGAUUGAAUUUUGAUGUUGAAAACCUGCUAUCUCAUAAUAGAGGACCUCCCUCUAUAUAGGCGCUUGUAUCAGUGUGCCAUGUAUGUUCAGUUCAAUAUGGCGGCGGUCGACCGACGGUAGAAGCGAUCGUGCGGCUCGCCGAGCGGAAUUUAGACGCCUCGAUGUUACUGUACCGUCGUAAGUUCAGGAAACUGAUUAAUAAAUUGCCGGGGAAGGCGCUGGGCGAGUACCGACUGCUGCCGAUAUUCUUCGCCUUCGGGGCCGCCCUGGAAUACUUCAUGAUCCACUGGCAAGUUGGAGAGGUUAACUUCUACAAGACAUACAAGCGCCGGAGGGUAGAGGAGCUGGUGGAGGAGAGGUUAAGGCAGGAGCAGGAGGCCUGAGGACAAUCUUUUCGCGCUUGACGCUCUAUCGCGCGAUGCCAGCCAACAUAUCUACUACGCGGUACAUUGUAUUCUGUGCAGUAG